UUUGAAAAGGUAACAUGAAGCAGUUCAGGCAGCUAACGGUGGCCCUUGUGGUAGCGGUGGCUUUGGUGAGCUUCGCCCAAGCUCAACAAGAUGGACCACUGUUCCCGCUGACCGUUAUCCAUUUCAACGACCUCUACGCACGGUAUAACCAGGUGAACCUGGAAGGUUUCACCUGUGUUGGACAGGAACGGUGCCAGGGCGGCUACCCGCGCCAGGUGAGCGUCGUCCGUCAGCUGCAAGCGGAAGCAGAAAACUCACUCUACGUGAACUCUGGCGGAAGCUUUAAGGGUACGCUCUGGUACACCGUACACCGCUGGGAGGUCGUAGCAGCCAUGCUGAACGUACUGCCAGCCGAUGCUAUGACGCUUGGUCGAUUUGAUUUCUUCCACGGACUCGAGGGUCUGAACCCUUUCAUGGAGGCAUCGGAAACGCCCAUCGUACUCACCAACGUAGAUAACUCGGCUGAACAGUCGUUCAUCAACUUCGAGCGAUCGGUAGUGGUCGAACGUUCAGGUCGUCGCAUCGGCAUUCUUGGCGUUAUCCGGCCUGACGUGAGCGCUAUCGGAAAUCCAGGAAAUCUAACCUUCAGCGAUCCCGUGGAAGCUGUCCGGGAAGAAUCGGCUCGCUUGGCUGCGGAUGGUGUUGACAUCGUGAUAGUUCUCUCGUACUACGGCCAUAAUAGCGAGCGAAGAAUGGCUCGUAGCUGUGGUCCACACGUGGAUUUGAUUGUGGGAGGGUUCUCAAACACGGUUCUAUUCAAUGGCGAUGCUUCCGAUUUCCCAUUGGAGGUCGAGGGCGACUACCCCACGGUCGAGUUCCAGCCCGACGGACGCCGUGUGCUGGUAGUGCAGGCAGGCUCGUACGGACGCUUAGUAGGCAAUCUGACGCUCUUCUUCGACGAGGACGGUGAGAUCGAACAAUGGGAAGGCAAUCCAGUGUUUCUUGAUGCCAGCGUACCUGAAGAUCCGGCCGUUAUGUCAGCGCUGGAGCCGUUCCGCAUGGAGGUGGAAACGCUUGGAAAUCGUACGGUCGCCGUGGCGGAGGUAGAUAUGUCUCGACAGGAUUGUGUGACGGGAGAGUGUUUGCUUGGCACGCUGAUUACCGACUCCAUGGUGCGAGCUUUCUUCCCCGUUUAUAACGCUAUCGCGCUACAGAACCGUGGCGGAAUUCGUGGAGAUCUUCAAGCCGGCACGGUAACUUAUAAGCAGUUGUUUGAAGUGUUACCCUUUGAGAAUCGGCUGUACUCGAUGCUAUUGCGUGGUAUUCACAUUAUGCGCGUGUUGGAAUACAGUGUCAGCACUGCGACAGUUAGCAAUGGAACGGUUCAAGCUUGGGAUCUGCUGCAGGUGUCCGGUUUGCGUGCUACGUACCGCAUCAACAAUCCACCGGGCCGCCGUUUGGUUUCACUGGAGGUGCUUUGCCAGCAGUGUAGUGGAGAGGUGUACGAACCGGUCAAUCCGUUCCGAGAGUAUCGGGUAGUCGUGUCGGAGUUCCUUGCGGAGGGUGGUGAUCUGUUCGCAACGUUCCCUCGUGACGGUAUGGAUCUUCAGCAAGGACCGAUCGAUUUGGAAGCGUUUGAGGAGUAUGUUGAGCGUAGAUCACCGCUGCGGGACGAAACUGGUGGACGCAUUCGGUUUGUCUUCUAAAGAUGGCGUUAUUCAAUUAGGGUUAUAGAAAAUAAAUGAAUCAUAAUGCCAAAUAGUUUGAA